UUAAACUCCAACGGGAUUGCCGAGUUGGCAUAUACACCGAACAGUACUUCCGAAACAAACGCAAAAUCGCUUCUCGUAAUAACCCAAAAUUAGAUUUCCCUCCAAAAGCUUUGUCUGAAUUCAGGCAUGGAGAAAGAAGCCAGACAUGUUCAAUGGGCAACAUUGAGACUAACAGGGAAGCCACUUAUAACAGGCUCUGCGUGUGGGGAGACCCCUCUUCUAUGGGUUGCUUGCAGAGCUUCCUUUGGAUUAGUCCACAUUUAUUGCGAUUCUGAACUCAAGGCAAUAUGGCGUUUUCCUUCAGAUCUGAUCUUUAUUCAUGUAGAAAAAUCUAGAUAUAGGUGGAUCGAAAAGGAAUUGACGGGCACAACAGAUGAUGCUGAUGUUCCUUAUUUGCUUGCUGUCACUGUUGAUGGAUGUGUUUGGUUUAUGCCUGUUUGUCCUGAACAUGAAACCACAGAAAGGCCUUUCAAGAGAAAGAAGAAGACCCGCACAGCAGAAUCUAAGAAGAUGGUCCCAAGAUUUAGUAAGGAUGAAUGGGGAUUAUUUGAAGAUGUUGACGUUUAUGAAAGCAUGGUUUGUGAUGCUAGCAUACCUGUUUCUGGUGAUAAAGAUGGUUCCUCAAAUAUCAUGAUUCUGGAUAAUCCCAAAUUUUCCAAUAAAGCUACUUCUGCAAAACAAAUGAGUGCAUCUAAAAGUGGUCAAUUAUGUUUGCAAAUAAAGCAGUUGAUGGUUUCUUCAUCUGAAACAGUCAUAGAAAAUGCAAGACCCAGGCUGGUUAUGCAGGAAAAAAUGAUUGGAUGUGUUCAAGGUGCUUGUUUUGCUUGUUUUGGACCUCAGGAUAUGGUAAUUGUUGUGUCGACAUGCGGUAUGGAAAUUUUUCAGGCUUCAUCAACAAUGGGAAUGUCUUCAACAUCUUUUAAGAGAGUAAAGUCUGUUAAUGGUGAUAAUGCUUUUUCAAGUCAGCCUACUUGUGGUCUAGUUGUGACUUCUACAAAGAGUGUCCCCAGUGGAAAUAAAGGGAUGAUGGUUGUGCUACAUGAUAAACUUUUUGGUGCUUUUUCUGAUGGGUUGAGUGGUGGGAAAUCUCCACACUUGUUACUUAAAGGUGAUGUUGAUGGAUGUGUAUAUAUGACUCCAUUGUUCUUCCAAGACAUUGAUGUUCCUUCUUCAAGGCUAUUGUGCAGACUUGGGCAACCUAUUUUGGCAUUGCUUGCCAUCUCUUCAGGAAAUGCAGCAACUAAUUCUGAAUCAAUUGUAAACAAAAAAUCAGAAGGCGUGAAAGAUCGACAGCUUUCGGAAGUCAGGGAUACUCUUUUAGUAGUAGGCCAACAUGGUCGCAUUGUGGCAGUAUCUUGCAGUAAAAUAUUUGACAUUAAUUCGUGUAUCAUUUCAAGCUUUCGUGCUGACAAAAAAUCUUUUGAGAUUGAGCUGGAUAGAAACAGUUUUGAAAUUUGUGAGUGGAAGGUCCAGGCACCACUUACAUCUGUUUGUUUGUUAGGUUCAAAAUAUCUAUGCUACUGUGCUAGAUCUGAAGGUUUUAUCUCAACAUUGUUUGAGGACAGAGAUACCCAGAAGUCUUUUGGUAUGGAUACACAUAACCUGUCAAACAAAGAUGAUAUGCAUGGGAAACAUCAGACUGGAUCACAAAGUAAAACUGGUAAUUCAGAAUGGGCAAGGUGCAGUUUGAGAGAGAAACUAUUCACCAAGAAACUGCCAGUUGCAGAUGCUGUUAUUGGUGUAGCAGGAAAGGACAUUUCUGAAUCUAAUAUGAGUGGUAGGCCUAUGGUUAUUUUGACUGCUCGAGGGCGUAUUCUAGGGGUAGAAAUAUGUAAUUCUGUACCGAUUCCUGAGGGAUAUUAUGCUGGAGCUAUGCCUAAAAGGAGCUGGAGAACUUGGGAGUCGGACAUGGAUGCAAAUGUGAAGAGUUUGAUGAGCAUCCUCGAUGACAUAUCAAGAGCAGCUGAUCAUAUUCAUCAGUUCAACCAUUUGUUGAAUCAUGCUAUUAGUGAAUUGGCAAUUUCUUUGAAAGUUGCUUUUUCAAUAUUAACUGAUCCAAGUAGAGAUAAUUUGUUAAGGCCAAAGCUGGUUAACACAAAAUAUGUCAGAAGUAUGUCACUCUCACCAAAGUGUAGUAUCAAGGUUACUCCUCAUUCUGCAAUGCUUGCACCAUCAAAGACUCUAGCUUUCAACGACUACCAUGGUGGUUCAGAAAUGAACUGUGUGGAAAAUUUUCUCCAGAUGAAUAAUAGCAGUCUUGUUAGGUUCAGUGUGACUCUUGACAAUUGCACCAUCCAUCCCCUCUCACCACAUUGGAUAUUAGUGUUGGAGCUUCAAAAUGCUGGCAAGGAAAAUUCAAAAGCCAUAAUUUUUUCCAGUAUAAUCAAUAAUGGAUUUGGUUUACAGCCUGAUUCUCAGUGCAUUGUAGAGUUUGAUAUGAAGGUGCCUGGAUUACUCGAUGGUCCAGUUAGUUUAUCAACGUAUCUUUGCCAUCUUUGCGACUACCAUAAACUUCUUCAUAAUCAGUAUUCUACAGAUGUAGAGAAAACAACUAGAAGAGGGAAACAUCUGAAAGGUUUGACUUGUGUUGAUGAUUCAAAAAUUGAGGAGUUUUUUGCUAAAAUUGCACUUGAAGAGGUUCAAAAUACAUCCAAAUCGAUAUCUAUGCCAUCUGAUGCUUUUGGAUCUGUAUGCAUCCCUUUAUCACAGCAUAGGAUAGACAUUUUAUCUAUUGUAAGUUUCCCACCUCAGAAGUUUUACCAUUCAGUAAGGGCAUCUCAUCUCAGUAAUAAGUCUGGUGAAUCAAGUGUCCAUGAUUCCACAGAGAAAUUUUGCCAUGACAAUGUUCUAGGGCUCUUUUCUGGCAUCUUGAGUUUCACUUUUAAGGGAGGUGAAAAACAUUCCAGAACAGAUGCAGAUACUCUUACCACGUGGAGGGAACUUUUUUCUGAAGAUCUCCUGGAUAGAGGAAGCCUAUCAAAGACCAAAGAUAAGAUCAUAUUGUCCAUUUUUGGAGGCCAUAUUAUAUCAAUUUCACUAAAAGGUCUGAGAGAUCAACACAUUGAGUUGCAUUUUGAGGCACCUACACUUCUUUUGGGGUGUCUUCUUAGAGAAGCUCUUAUUUGGAGGUUGAAGAACUGUGAGGCAAUUGACAACUUCCAACAUGGAAAAAAUAACUUAGACAGUUUGUGCAUGGUUCAAGAUAGUGCUGACAAAAGCAAUGCAGAUACUAAGCUGUUGGAGGCAAAAAAACAGAUAGAGGUGCUUCUUGACCGUGCCGAAGCCUUAUCAACAAAUUGGAAUGAAAUCAAUCUGCAAGAUGCAAGGGACACCAAAGUUUUUCCUAUACUAGAAGACAUUCAUUCUAUUAUGAAUGAUCUUUUAAAACUUUAUAGAACUUUCCGGCAGAGCUAGUGGUUAUUCUCUUCAUGAUCUACAAUUUGAUGAUGGGCUUGCUGAAAUACCUGAAGUUCUUUGUGAACUUCAAAUACUAGUCUGCAUUGAUUCAAUGUCCCACACAGCAAGGCAAACUGAAGGACCUUUACCAGGCAACUUAUUUAUUGAGAACUGUUCUGUGUUUAUGUGACUGCUACAGACUAUGAUUAUACUUCCUCUGUUGAUCAAGACUCCUUGUGGUAGCAGUCUUUGCUACAAAGGGAUUUUCUUCUGCUCGCUAAAUCUUGGGCUAGGUCAUGGAAAGCCUUAAAGCAUUGUGGGGUAAGCAUGCCACAAUCUUGCCACAUGCAUGCUGGAGUUGUGAGGUUUGAAUCAGGGUCAUAUGCUUUUGGGAGUGCCCCUCUUCACCAAGGCACAAUGACCUUUUGAAGAUCUGUGCCACAAACUUAAUCAAACUUAUUUUAAGGAUUUUAAACAGCUCUGUUUUAAAAAUCUCUAGAAAUUACAAAUUGCAUAAAUCAAUGUAAUUGAUGAGUCAUUUGCCAUGUGACUAUAUGUUUGCAGAAUGGGAAACCUCAUUGAUGCAUUUUAUUUGAAUGCUAACUAGGAUUGGAAGCCACUUUAUGCAAUGCGUGUCAACCUUUUUCAGAAUUGUGACUUA